AGGCUGAUGCCCGGCGGACACCCGGAGCAGGCGGCCGCCUGCGCCCCCGCCGCGGCUCCGGCGGCCGAGCGGGGCACCCCCGCCGCCAAGGUGCCCGGCGCAACCCGCGCCCGCCGCCGCUCCGCCGCCCGCCCCGCGCCCUACCCGGCGGGGUUUCCCCGGGUGCCGCAGGCGCCGCUCCCGGGGGUCCCGCGGCCGGUGGCGCUCAAGGGUCCCGCCACGGCCACCCUCCAGUUGCCGGCCAACUUGCAGCUGCCCCCAGGAACUGUUCUUAUCAGAAGCAGUAGUGGCCACCUAAUGCUAGUAUCUCAACAAGCAAUAGCACGAGCACAGAACCAGUCACAAAAUAACACAAAUGUGAGACCAUCUGUGCCAACCAGCACUCCUGCAAUCAGAAUAUGUGCUGUACAGAACUCUGGCACCCAGUUAGUAAAAAAAGUAGCAGCUUCUCCUGUGAAAACAUUGUCUCAAACAACAAAUACUGUGGUUUCUACUGCUCAGCCACCUGCUGUAGUACGGCCAACAGCUGCAACACCUAAUGUUGCUACAGUUACUGCUGUAAAGCCUUCGAGUACUGGAACACCUGUAAAACUUCCAGUUACAGGACCACCUGCACAAGCUAUCUCCCAGAAGGCAGUCUCUGUGAAAGCAGAGGGCACAACAGUAGCACAGACCAGCGCUUCUACAGAGAUGCUGGAGAAUGUGAAGAAAUGCAAGAAUUUUCUUGCUACGCUAAUAAAAUUGGCAUCUAGUGGACCUCAAGCCCCUGAGAUGGGGCAGAAUGUGAAGAAUCUGGUGCAAAAUCUAUUGGAAGCAAAAAUUGAACCAGAAGAAUUUACGAAAAAGCUAUAUAUAGAGCUCAAGUCAUCUCCACAACCAUAUUUAGUUCCUUUUCUCAAGAAAAGCAUGCUUGCCUUACGGCAGCUAAUGCCUAAUCCUCAGAGCUUUAUCCAGCAGUGUAUGCAGCAGCCAGCUACCACCCAAGAAGUGGUUUCGACCUGUACCUCUGCAGUACCAGCUCCUUCGACAAGAGUGGCAACCUCAGCUGUAGCAACAACUGCUCUACCAGUUAUAAAACCCGUGUCUGCCUCUGUAACAGUCACAGCCCCUCUAGUUGUAAAGCCACUCCUUGCCAGCACGUCAGAAACACCUUCUCUGCAGACUGUGAAGCCUGUUCCUUCCUCUGCAGUGGUGACAGCAUCUCUUCAGCCUUCAGCUUCAGUCCUCACCACAACGAUAACAACGUCAGGGCUGACUGCUGUCCAACCUGUCAAGCCAGUCUUCACCUCUGCGGUACCAACAUCCUCUCUCCAGUCUGCAAAGCCAGUGCUGGUUUCUACAGUGGCCUCCUCAUCAACCACCCCUCUCCAGCCUCGGAAACCAGUCAUUGGAACCCCAAUUGGUAUUAAAAUCUCACAGCCCAACUCUGUUGUUACGCAGUCAGUGGGUGCUCAGCAUGUGGUUAAAGUGAAACAGUUGGUAGUCCAACAACCAUCAGGAACUAUUGUAAAGCAAGUAUCCACACUCCCACAACCCUCAGUGCUCACCCUACAGACGUCUGCUGACAAGAAGAUGCCGCUGAAUACACUUGUUCAAACCAACCAGUUUCCUGCAGGUUCCAUUCUGAAACAAAUUACCCUGCCAGGAAAUAAAAUUCUGUCGCUUCAAGCAUCUCCUGUUCAGAAGGCAAAAAUGAAAGAGAAUGGAGCAACAUCCUUCAGAGAUGAAGAUGACAUAAAUGAUGUGACUUCUAUGGCUGGGGUCAAUCUUAGUGAGGAGAAUGCAUGCAUUUUGUCAGCAAACUCUGAGUUCAUUGGUACAGUGAUUCACUCUUGUUCAGAUGAACCAUUUCUCUCUUUGGAAGCUCUUCAGAAGAAGAUCUUGAACAUAGGUAAAAGGCAUGACAUUAUGGAACUUAACUCUGAUGUUGUGAACUUGAUCUCCCACGCUACACAGGAGAGAUUACGAGGGCUCCUAGAAAAACUAACUGUAAUUGCUCAACACAGAGUAUCAACCCACAAGGGGAGUGAUAAGUACAUCGUAUGUAGUGACACCAGAGCACAGCUGAGGUUUCUUGAAAAGCUUGAUCACAUAGAAAAGCAGAGAAAAGAUGAAGAGGAACGUGAAAUGUUGCUUCGAGCAGCCAAGAGCCGUUCCAAUAAAGAAGAUCCAGAGCAACUGCGGUUAAAGCAGAAAGCGAAAGAGAUGCAGCAGUUGGAGUUAGCACAGAUGCAACAAAGAGAAGCCAACCUCACAGCUUUGGCAGCCAUCGGACCGAGGAAGAAAAGACCUUUGGAUUCAUCAAACAUUGGAUCUGGGCUGGAGGGUUUGAAUGGCAAUGGAAUUGCUCCUGGAUCAUCAGGUUUUAGCCUUACAAAGCCGAUGCUCUGUCCAAGAGUAACCCGUGUCUGUCUCAGGGACUUGAUAUUCUGCAUGGAACAAGAGAGGGAUAUGAAGCAUUCUCUGCACUUGUACCGUGUUCUUCUGAAGUGAUUUGAAUUUUACAUUUGACCUUGCUGUCUACUGCCAAAGAAAACACUGAAGCAUUGUUGCACUGUCUUGAAAUUCCGAUUUCUGGAAAAUGAUCCGUUGUAAGGAUAACUCUUGUUUACAGAUAAACAUUUUUAUUAAAUACCUAACUGAGCACCUGUCAGGUUUUUAAUAAUAUUUGGCUUCAAUCAGUCUGUAAACCAGUGAGAACACUGAGCUGCACACAACAAGCACCUGACUACCUGCUUGCAUUUAACUGUCUUGCAGGCUCUGAGGGCUUGAUAAGUGUCCCUAGUUUAUGUAUGUCAUUUGCUUCAGUACUCCAGAGUCUGCAACAUCUGUUCUAUGUGUGGUGCCACCUUCUAAUCCAACCUUAUUUAGGGAAACAAAUAACACUUUAAUGGCACUGCAUAGCAUGGCAACUGUAUUUAAUUAUGAACCAGCUGUCAGUCAACAUGCUAAUGUAUUGCCUGUCUGACUCAGCAUCUUCUUAAAUUUUCUGGGUUUAGAAUUAAUGCUGGAUGCUCAUUUUUGGAGAGAAAGUAGCAAGCAAAAGGAAUGAGGGGUCCUUUCUACCCUGCACUUUGCCUCAAUUGCCCUCACACUUUCCUCUGAGAAAGUGGCUGAGGGAAGGUGAAGAAAUGGGUUGCUCUUGUGAUUGAAGUACAUCAGACAGUGUAGUUAGGGCAUACCUUGAUGUUUGGGGAAAAUUCGGAAUUACUAAAAAUACAAAGAGUGAAAGAUCCUAAAAAGGAAGGGUAAACAGAAGAAACAGUCUAACUUUCUCUAGAUAUAAAAAAUAGCAUUGAACUUGAGUAUAGAUGUGAAAAGAAAUGAACAAAAACAACCUGUGAUGACUACAAAAAAUGGGAGAAGUUGAAAUGCAUUAAAACUCUGCAUCUGGAGACUCUAUUAAGGAGAGGAGCAGGGUUUGCAAAGCACGGGAUUCACUGCUUUGGAAUAUUGAUUUAAUACCUUAACGUGGUGUAACAGGGAAACUACUCAAGUAGAAAGUAUUUAUACAGUUGCCUGGUUUCCAUUCAGUAAGGAGGAGGACUCUGGAUUAUUAAGACUGCUAGAAUAGAUUCAAAGAUUUUUUUCCUUGCUGGUAAAGACUGCCUUGUGGUGGAAGGAAAACCCUCUGGGUUGCCCUUCUCCCCAGCCUCCAAGCAUUUUGCCUUCCAUGACACAGCGCUGUAUAGCAUGGCUAUUUCCCAGGACUGGUGGGAAAGGCACUGACUGUAUUCACAGAAUAACAGAACACUCUGAGUUGGACGAGACCCUCAAGAAUCAUCAAGUCCAACUCUUAAGUUGAACGGCCUGUAUGAGGAUUGCACCCACAACGUUGGCGUUAUUAGCACCAUGCUCUAACCAACUACUGAAUGGCUUCCUGCUGAAACUUUUUUCUUUUAAAGAAAAAGCUUCCUAUGGUUAUUUGGCAUGCUGCUUCAAAACUUGAAGCGAUAAUUCAUGCACCCUCCACUGUCAGAACCACUGCAGAUAGUUACCAAAUUCACUGUUUUGAAUCAGUUAUGUUGGUUUUUGUUGGAACAGUAGUAAACAAAUCUAGUAAAUGAAUGCUGUAAAUUAUUUAUAUAUGUAUAUAUGGCAUAUAUAUAUAUAUAUAUAUAAAAGAAAAGCAGUACUUUAACUAAGCUAUAGUUUGCAAGAUAUUGAUGGCAUUGGGCAAAAUUGUUUUGUAUAAUUAAAUGCUUAGCUUUACUUUUUAUGUAAAGUGCAGCAUUUUCCAUAUUUGUGUACUGUAUCUUAUUGAUCAGAUGUUAAAAAUUAUUUUAAA